CAUAAGUCUUCUAGACUACGUUUACCUUGUUGCUUUAUUAUAAGAGUGUGGGGUCUUUCCCUCUCUUUUAAAAGUCCACUAUGUUUUGGCUUAAGAAGGUAAAACCUGAAUGGCUGAGGUUGUUAGCUUAGACUCAAUAUCAUCAUGGCGUGAUUGCAGAUCUGGGACUGGAACCAGUUCAGGCUCUGCUGAUUUAGAGCAAAGCCACCUCUACGCUCAGUAUACCCCGCCCAGGGGCCUUAGGUGGUUCGUAGUAACCUGUUCAGAGACCCUAUGUGGCAAUGAAGGAGCCCAGUUAAAUAAGGUGACAGCAAAUGCUUGUGUUGGGAGCUGUGAGACAGACCAGAAACAUAACUUUCCUUCGAAAAACUUUGGCACUGAUGUUUUGGGGAUCUGGUCUGUGACUUCAGAAAGGUUUGGGGAUGGCGCUGGUGGGCAUGCCCCCCACGAGAAAUGUUUCAUCAGCUCUCUGUGUUGAAUCAGUAGAUCAGUGUCUUCUGCCUUCCAUGAAAACUUCAGGCACGGUUGAAACAGGCUGCCUCCAGAUGCUAAUAGCGAGUGUUGCGUGUUAGGUUGUAUCUAGGUACAAUCGAUGCCUCUUGCAUUUUAAGUCAGUUCCGUAAGUGCAGGACCCUGGAAAGUUAGGUGGGAAUUUUCAUUUGGACAUCUAAGAAAGUGGUCUGAUCAUCGAAGAUGCACAGUACUUGCUGUUUCUGCAACUUCUGAAACCAGUAAGUGCUUGGCACCUUUAAAACUCAGGCCACCCAGCUGCCGUAGUAUGGAUUUCAGUUUAAGCUUAAGUACCAAAGAUUAAAACUGUGGUUUUGGACUUAUUUAACAGUAGAGGCUGUUAUUUAUGUACCUCGGUUUUGAAUGAAAUAACCAUAUAAUAUAAACAGUGUGAUAAAAAGAUGCUUGACAAAUUGGUUAUGUGAGCAAAUUACAAUAUUUUUUAAAGCAAGUUUUUCCUGUCUGCAUAUGAUAUGUCUGUUUCUUGCCCUUUCCUGCUGUUUAACAACUGAGUAUGUUUUUUCCAUCUUUUUAGUACAUAUUGUUUGUAUCUUGUGCAUUUAAUGAAAUGUAGUGAAUGUGAGUAUUUGGAUAAUAAGGAGGUAUUAAAAAUAUAAAAAAUAUUUGUUUUUGCAACUAAUUUUAAUCCCUGAAGAGACUGUCCACAUGCUUUAGAAGCUUGUAGGAGUCUACUAUGAGUAUUAGGGUUUGCAGCUGACCAAAGCAAUAGAACAUCUGUGCAUUAAAAAAAAAAAGGAAAGAAAGAAAAAAAAAAAGUGGGGGGAUCCCAAAUUGUCAUUGUUUCAAGUAAUUUCUAUUGUGUAGCUUUUGGAGGCAAGAUAGUUUCAGAAUGAUCUUCAAGACAGAAGUCCUCUCAAGAACAUUUGGUUGCCAAGGGAAUUUGGGUCUUUUUACGUUGUCUCUCUUUGGGUCAGCCGUGAUGUUUGUCACUUCACAGGUAAGGGGAAUUCGGGCUAUCUACAAAAGGUGAAAGAGUUACCUGGAGCCGCCUUUGAAACACUCCAUGGAGCCCGUUGUUAGCUGUAGUGUGAGUGCAGGAGCACUUGGAAAUACCGGUCCUUGAAGCUCCAGGGUUGCAGAAUCAGCAUGUGUUUCUAGUAGUUAAAAAGACAGAAGCAGUCUCCGCCAGCCAAGAAACCAGCAAAAAUAUUUCACAAUGGAUGUAGACGAUGAAGAAAACAUGAGUUCAAGCAGCACUGAUGUUAAAGAAAACCGCAACAUGGACAACGUUCCUCCCAAGGAUGGCAGUGUGCAAGGCACCGGGGAGGGGAGUCAGCUCUCCAACGGUGGUAGCAGCAGCAGCAGAAAGCGUCCUUUGGAGGAGGGCAACAAUGGCCACUCCAAAUUUCGCCCGAAGAAGAGGAAGAAAACACCGGGCCCUGUUUUGCCAAAGAAUGCCCUGAUGCAACUUAAUGAGAUAAAACCUGGUUUACAGUACAAACUUCUGUCCCAGACAGGUCCGGUUCAUGCCCCCAUGUUUGUGAUGGCGGUCGAAGUUAAUGGACAGGCGUUUGAAGGGUCUGGCCCUACAAAAAAGAAGGCAAAGCUCCAUGCUGCUGAGAAGGCUCUGCGGUCUUUUGUGCAGUUUCCGAACGCUUCUGAAGCACAUCUAGCAAUGGGGAGGACUCUUUCCGUGAACACAGACUUUACGUCUGACCAAGCAGACUUUCCAGACACGCUUUUCAAUGGAUUUGAAACUCCAGUUCCUUCCGAUGCUUCCUUUUAUUUGGGGUCCAAUGGAGAUGGAUCCUUUAGCUCUAGUGGGGACUACGGUUUGUCGACGUCUGCCGUAACUAGUAGUCUUAUGCAGUCACCUCUCCCUACGCCAUCACCCUACCCAUCCACAAGUGGAAAGAACCCUGUAAUGAUCUUGAAUGAGCUGCGGCCAGGGCUGAAGUAUGAGUUUCUCUCAGAGAGUGGGGAAAGCCAUGCUAAAAACUUUGUCAUGGCAGUGGCGGUGGAUGGUCAAACUUUUGAAGGAUCGGGAAGAAAUAAAAAGCUCGCAAAAGCUCGGGCUGCUCAGUCAGCUCUGGCAUCCUUAUUUAACAUGCAGCUGGACCAGACUCCAUCUCGACAACCCAUUCCUAGCGAGGGGCUCCAAUUACAUUUACCACAGGUUUUAGCUGAUGCUGUUGCACGCUUGGUUGUAGAUAAAUUCAGUGAUUUGACAGAAAAUUUCACAUCUCCACAUGCACGUAGAAAAGUCCUUGCUGGAAUUGUCAUGACAACAGGUACAGAUGUGAAAGAUGCCCUGGUAAUAAGUGUUUCAACAGGAACAAAAUGCAUCAAUGGUGAAUACAUGAGUGAUCGGGGUCUUGCAUUAAAUGAUUGCCAUGCAGAAAUUGUAUCUCGGCGGUGCCUGCUUAAAUUUCUAUAUACACAACUUGAGCUUUAUCUAAGCAAUAAAGAAGAUCAGCAAAAAUCCAUUUUUAUCAAAUCUGAACGUGGUGGGUUUAAACUGAAGGAGAAUGUGCAGUUUCAUCUCUAUAUCAGUACGUCUCCUUGCGGCGAUGCUAGGAUUUUCUCACCACAUGAAGCAGCACAAGAGGAUCAAGGGGACAGACAUCCAAACCGCAAAGCAAGAGGACAGCUACGGACAAAAAUAGAAUCUGGGGAAGGGACGAUUCCUGUGAGAUCCACUACCACUAUCCAGACGUGGGAUGGAGUAUUGCAAGGAGAAAGGCUACUUACCAUGUCAUGCAGCGACAAGAUAGCUAGGUGGAACGUAUUGGGUAUUCAAGGAGCCUUACUUAGCCUCUUUGUGGAGCCAAUUUACUUCUCUAGCAUCAUCUUGGGGAGUUUAUAUCAUGGGGAUCAUCUAUCCAGAGCCGUAUACCAGAGGAUAGCAGAGAUAGAAGAUCUACCACCUCUUUAUACACUCAACAGACCUUUACUUAGUGGUAUUAGCAAUGCGGAAGCCCGCCAACCAGGGAAAGCACCAAACUUCAGUGUAAACUGGACAGUAGGAGACACUGGUCUUGAAGUUAUUAAUGCUACAACCGGCAAAGAUGAAAUGGGUCGUGCAUCUCGCCUUUGUAAGCAUGCUUUGUACAGCCGCUGGAUGCGUAUUCAUGCAAAGCUUUCGUCCAGCUUACGCUCAAAGAUCCUCAAGCCUAACCUGUACCACGAAACGAAGCAAGGAGCCGCUGAGUAUCAAACUGCCAAAGAGUGUUUGUUCAAAGCGUUCCUGAAGGCAGGACUUGGAGCCUGGGUGGAGAAACCGAUAGAGCAGGAUCAAUUUUCUCUUACUGUCUAAUUCACAGACUGCACAUCACUUUGGAAAGGGGGUUGUUCUGGAAAUCCUGGUGUCCAGCAUCGCUUUCUGGCAUCUCUACAGCAGACAAAACAUCUUUUUACUGUUUGUUUUUUUUUUUUGAAACUUAACUUGUAGAUGUUUCUGUUUUGCCUAAGUAUUGAAACUCGAUAAUCAGAUACAUAAUUCUAUAUUUUGUUAUGGGAAAGUCAUUUUUGGUGUAUUUCUAGAAAUACUUUUACUGUACAAAAUUUGCAGUAAGGCUGUCCUUAUAGUACAAGAUGACUCAUUUUUUCUGGGUUAAAAUAAUAAUUUCUUUUUUUAAUUCAAUGUCAUCAAGUGCAUGAAAAAAUGAAAGUUGCUUUAGGUUUUACACCACACUUUUAGGAAGUAGCUUAAUUUUUUUAAAAAGAAAAUAGGUGACAAAGUUGAUUCUACUCCUCUAUUAACUUGUUUUUGAACUGCAGAUAUUUCUACCAUAUAGGCCACAAAGCCAGAAUGGAGUCUGGACAGCUAGUUUUUCCCCACUUCCUUGCUCUUUAAAACCAGCUGCUGAAAAUUUCAUGUCUUUGAUGUAUGUAUUUAUUAGUCUGUGACCCAGUUUUUAACAUGCAGCUUUUUAUUCUGUUUUUAAAAAUACAUUUACCUCCCAUUUACA